AUGUCUAAUAAAUCAAUGGUUCGCUACCCGAGAGACAGUUUUGACCGCUUUGGCGAUGAUUUGUGCCGACUAUUACUCAGAUAUCUGCCAACUGACGACCGGUUCCGAUAUGAAUGCGUUAGCAAACAAUGGCAAACAUUUAUUUAUGAAACAGUUGUUUCAUUCAAAAUACAACCAAUUUAUCGGACAAUUAAAUGGCAGAUAUUGAAGAAAAUCAUCAAAAAGUGUCCCAAUAUUACUCAUAUUCAGUCCUCUCGAAGACAGAACUUGAAUUCAUUGAUGAAUAAAAACAUUUGCAAUGUAUUCACUAAAUAUAACCAUCAUUUGACAAACAUUGAUAUCUAUGUAGAGAUAGGAUUGUCAAUGAAAUUGAUAUACAAAUUGUUAUCAAAAUUUGCUAAACAAUUGACAUCACUAUCGAUUAAAUCAUUGAACGACACGGCCUAUGCAAACGUACAUUUAAGACAACAAUUUUUGUAUAACAACUUGUCAUUUAAAAGAUUGUCAACAUUUAAGUUUGUUUAUCACGAAAGCGAUACCGAUUGGUAUCUACUGUUUGCCGAUAAAUGCGGUCAACAAAUACAAUCAAUGGACGUACAGAUAAUGGGAAUGGACGACCAAUCGUUGUCACAAUUGUUUAUUGGUUUAUCAAAAAUGCCAAAAUUGGUUGAACUGUGUUUGAGGCGCCUAUCGAUUAGCUUUGACAUCCCAAAUGUCAAUCAAUUAGACAACUGGUUGGCCAUAAUCGGAGCAUACUUUCCCCAAGUAUUCAGUUUAUAUAUAGGAAACAGUUGUGGACGCAAUCAUUUGCUAACAAAAAGUCAUCGAUUUCCUCAAUUGACACACCUGUCCAUUGGUGGUCAUCUCAAACUCGAUGACGGAUUCUUUAACAAUAUUGACAACAAUUAUCCUAAACUUCGAUACUUUGCCGCUAAUUGUGUUACAAUUACUAAUAAAUCAACAUUUGAAUCAUUAUCUCAACUAAAAUAUCUUAAAAAUAAGAUUUUUUUAUUAUUAUUAUGUAUACAAUGUUUGACACAAACAUCACAACAACACAAUCGCUUCAAGCGUUGGGAUUACAGAGAGUUGACACAUCAACCAAAGCCACUGACGGAUAAUAAGAUAAAAUUUUUGGCCUCAAAACGGUUUGAAGAUCGAGAUAUGUUUGAAUCUAUAUUGGACUCAAUACUUUUACCGCGGAGUCCAGGAACCGAUGGUCACAAAUCUGUCCAAAAAUUUAUCAUUAAAAUGAUUAAAUCGUUGGGUUGGAGCCUAGAGGAGGACAAGUUUACUAGUAGUACACCAUUGGGAAGGCGUACGUUCAACAACAUAAUGGCCACAAUAGAGCCCAACCAUUGUAAGCGAAUCAUACUGUCCUGUCAUUAUGACUCUAAACUGAAUCGAGAAAAAACAUUUAUCGGAGCCAUUGACUCAGCCGUUCCCUGUGCUAUGAUAUUACAUUUGGGACUCAUAUUAGACAAAUACCUUAAAAAAGCAAACAAUGAGACAACCGUUCAAAUGGUGUUUUUCGAUGGCGAAGAAGCAAUGGUCCAGUGGUCUAAUGAGGACUCAUUGUACGGCUCCCGACAUUUGGCCAACAAAUGGAAUCAUAAACAGUAUCCGAAAAGUAUGACAAAUAUGUGCCAAAACUCAUCGCUUGGACAGACAUCUGAAUUGGAUAGGAUUGAACUCAUGGUUUUGCUUGACUUGAUUGGUGCCGCAAAUCCCAAGUUUUAUAGUUAUUUUCCAAAUACUAAACCACUUUUUAACAGACUUAUGGAAAUUGAGAAAAAACUGAAUGAUUUAAAUUUAAUGGAAAUCAGUAAUAGUGGUCGUAAGCGGACAUCAUAUUUUAAUAGCCGACACCCAUUUAGUUAUAUAGAGGACGACCAUGUACCGUUUCUUAAGCUUAAUGUACCGGUGCUUCAUAUGAUACCGACACCGUUUCCCAGUGUCUGGCAUCGGGAGUCCGAUAACAGAGAGAAUCUAAACUUUUCUACAAUUAAUAAUUUGAUGAAAAUUUUUCGCAUUUUUAUUGCUGAAUAUUUGCAUCUAAAUAUUGAUAAUUAA